GCUGGGAAGAGAAGAGCAGUUGCUAAUCUUUAGCUUGCUCCAGUUUCCCAUUGCAGGUGGCAGCCGAAACAGAAGGACCCUAUUGCUUAUCAGACAGCUGAAGAAUAUCCCAGAGCUUCACUGUUUUUAUAGGAUCAGCCUUCCCUCUGAAGAACUACAAGAUGAGUGUCUGGAGUUGGCUUACUUUCCCUCAGGGGAUGUUACUGUACCUUGCUCUCCAAACAGCUGCUGUUCAGCUCCCCCCUGAACUUCACAACUGUACCAGCAAUGGUCAGAAAAUCUCCUUCAGCCACUCAUACAAGAUUGACCUACCCAAAUCAUCCCAGAUCAAGGUGGAGGCGGACCCGUUGCCGCUCAAAGACGACAGUCAUGUGCUGCUUGCUGCUGGGGAUGCGGAUGAGGAGGAGGAGCAGAAUAUCAUAUUCAGGCACAACAUCCGAGUUCAGACACCAAGAGGUGACUGUGAAGCUUUGGGACACAUCAAAGAUCUGCUGGAAAGGAUGAAAAAGAUGGAGGAAGAAAUGAUGGUACUAAAGGAGGCCUGCAGUAUACAGAGGUGCUGUGGGGGAGUUCAAGGUGUCUCGAAUUGCAGUGGACAUGGAACUUUCAUGCAGGAGAUCUGUGGAUGUGACUGUGAUGAAGGCUGGGAGGGCAACGAUUGCUCCCACCCCAGCUGCCCCAACAAUUGCAACGGCAAUGGACGCUGCGUUAAUGGCAAAUGCAUCUGCAGCAAACCCUACGUUGGUGAAGACUGCAGUCAGCGGCUGUGCCCUAUGAACUGCAGUGGCAAUGGGAUCUGCAACAAUGGUGUGUGCCAGUGCUAUGAGGAGUUCAUGGGAGAUGACUGCAGUGAGAAGAGAUGCCCCAACGACUGCAGCGGCAAUGGUUUCUGUGACAGUGGCGAGUGCUAUUGCCACGACGGUUUCAUUGGGCUUGACUGCUCCCAGGUCAUUGCUCCUCAGAAUGUGCAGCUGCUGAAGGCCACGGAAGAUUCUUUGACCUUCAGCUGGGAUCAGGUGCCCGAUGUGGAUUAUUAUCUCCUCAGCUAUUAUCCAAUAGGGCGCGAGGCCUCUGCAGUACAAGUCCGAGUGCCAAAAGGACAGCUCAGCUAUGAGAUCCUGGGCCUUCUCCCUAGCACAAAGUAUCAGAUCACACUUCGCUAUGUGAAGAAGGGGAUUUCCAGUAACCCAGAACACCUACAAGCAAGGACAGCCCUAUCUGCAGUUAGCGCUGCCUGGGUGACAGAGGAGAUGGAGGACUCGCUGGAAGUGGAGUGGGAGAACCCCCCAACAGAGCCGGACUAUUUUAAACUGAGGUUCAGCUCACCGCAAGGGCAGGAGAAGGAGGUGGUGGUGCCUAAAAGCAGUGACCCCAAGAGCAGAUACAUCAUCAGCGGCCUGAAGCCUGGCACAGAGUAUAAGAUCAUUAUCAUAUCUGUGAAGGAUGAGAUUGAAGGAAAACCAUCUAUAGUGAAUGGCCGCACUGGAAUAGACAGCCCAACUAACCUGGAGACCGACCAAGUGACAGAGGACACAGCUACCAUCUCCUGGAACAGGGUCCAGGCUCCCAUUGACAGAUACAUGGUGAGCUACACCUCAGCUGAUGGGGACACCAGAGAGAUAGCUGUAGGAAAAGACCAGAAUACCACUACCCUGAUGGGUCUGAAGCCAGGCAUGGAGUACGUGAUCUACAUCUGGGCUGAGAAGGAAGGCCUGCAGAGCAAGAGAGCAAACACUAAAGCUGAGACAGAAAUUGACAGCCCAACAAACCUGGUGACAGACCAAGUGACAGAGGACACAGCUACCAUCUCCUGGAAUGAGGUGCAGGCUCCCAUAGACAGAUACAUGGUGAGCUACACCUCAGUUGAUGGGGACACCAGAGAGAGAGCCGUGUGGAAAGACCAGAGCACCAUCACCCUGACAGGUCUGAAGCCAGGCAUGGAGUACCUCAUCUACAUCUGGGCUGAAAAGGGAGGCCAGCAGAGCAAGACGGCAAACACUAAAGCUGUGACAGAAAUUGAUAGCCCAACUAACCUGGUGACCAAUCAAGUGACAGAGGACACAGCCACCAUCUCCUGGAACAAAGUCCAGGCUCCCAUAGACAGAUACAUGGUGAGCUACACCUCAGCUGAUGGGGACACCAGAGAGAUAGACGUGGGGAAAGACCAGAGCACCACCAGCCUGACGGGUCUGAAGCCAGGCAUGGAGUACAACAUCUACAUCUGGGCUGAGAAGGGAGGCCAGCAGAGCAAGAGGACAAACACGAAGGCAGUGACAGACAUUGACAGCCCAAUUAACCUGGUGACCGACCGAGUGACAGAGGACACAGCCACCAUCUCCUGGAACAGAGUCCAGGCUCCCAUAGACAGAUACAUGGUGAGCUACACCUCAGCUGAUGGGGACACCAGAGAGAGAGCUGUGGGGAAAGACCAGAGCACCACCACUCUAACGGAUCUGAUGGCAGGCAUGGAGUACAUCAUCUACAUCUGGGCUGAGAAGGGAGGCCAGCAGAGCAAGAGAGCAAAUACGAAAGCUGUGACAGAAAUUGACCCUCCCAAGAACCUCCGUGUAUCAGAUGUGACACAGUCCAGUGGCAUAGUUACCUGGACACCACCUGCUGCACAGAUCAGUGGCUACACUCUGACCUACCAGGCUCCAGAUGGCACCAGCAAGGAAGUGCAACUGGGUCCUAAUGAGCGAAGGUUCAUACUGGAAGGCCUGGGACAAGGAGUGAGGUACACAGUCUACAUGGUGGCCUUUAAGGGUGACCGCCGGAGCAGAAAGGCAGCCAACACCUUCUUGACAGUUGCCUUCCUCUACCCAUAUCCUGCUGACUGCAGCCAGACCCAGCAAAAUGGGAAUGCCACCAGUGGCAUAUACAUGAUCUACUUGAAUGGUGAUGCUGGCAGGCCCAUGCAGGUGUACUGCGACAUGACCACCGACGGAGGCGGAUGGAUAGUGUUUCAGAGGCGGAACACAGGGCAGCUGGAUUUCUACAAGCGCUGGAGGAAUUAUGUCGAAGGCUUUGGAGAUCCCCUGGGGGAAUUUUGGCUUGGUCUUGACAAAUUGCACAACCUCACUAGCAGUACUCCCAUCCAAUAUGAGAUCCGGGUGGAUUUGCAAACCUCCAAUGACUCUGCCUAUGCUGUCUAUGACUUCUUCCAGGUGGCUUCAAGCAAGGAUAAGUACAGGCUCUCUGUGGGGAAUUACCAAGGCACUGCCGGGGAUGCGCUGACUUACCACAAUGGCUGGAAAUUCACCACCUGGGACAGGGACAACGAUGUGGCUCUGAGCAAUUGUGCAAGGUCGCACCAUGGCGCCUGGUGGUACAAGAACUGCCACUUAGCUAACCUCAAUGGCAAAUAUGGAGAAAACAAGCACAGUGAGGGGGUCAACUGGGCACCAUGGAAAGGCCAUUUGUUCUCCAUCCCUUACACUGAAAUGAAGAUCCGUCCUCAAUCAUCGAGCAAUGAACCAAUCCUGGGGAGGAAAAAAAGGUCUCAGGCAGGGAAGAGGAAGACGACCAGGGCCUAAAAUGGCCUCCAAGCAGGGCCGAGCCUGUCAAUUCCUGACAAUGGAAUUCCGUUAUUUUGUAACAAAGUGUAAGGACUUGAACAGCUUGUUCCAAUACUUAUGUAACCAAUGCCCAGCCUGCUUCAGCCCCUGCUCUGAGCUCUCUGGGUUCACAACCCAGCCUACUUUAAGCAUUUGGAGGCUAUUGACAAAAGUCACCAGUCACAGAGUGGGAGGGGACUGAUGGGGAAUAUUAACAUUUACAGCUAUUCUGAUAGGCUGAACUUGACAAGGAUCUGACUGGUCUAAUGCACACAGGUGACCUAUUUUCACUGAUCAUUAUGAACCUUACAAGCAAGCUUUAAACUUAUGCUGCUGCUUCCCACAAUCCAAGUUGCUGACCCCCCGGUAUUUGCAAAUGCCCUUCACUACUAGAUAUUGCUACCAGCUACUACUGUAACUUCUCAGGCCUCAAGGGGGCAUUGUGAAGUUAAAAUGCAUCAUCUUGUCAAGUUAAAAUGCAUCAAGUUAAAAUGCACCCUCAUCUAUGUUGGAAAUAACCCCGUGCGUUGAUAAUUUUAAGAGUCUAGUUUACUUGCUUCUGGUUUUGCUCUGUGUUUUUCUUCUCCCAGUUUCCAGCUUUGAUGAUGAAAAGAGGCCAUUGCACUUUGCUUUUAUUAAUAAUCAGCCUCUAGUUACUUUCUCUUUCCGAUCCUCAUGCUCUAGCACAACGCCACAGUCCUUGGGUUGUCUACACUGUGGGGAAAGAUUUGGUUUUCAAACACUGCUUCUUUUGGAAUUUUAAAAACAACAUGGGAACAUUUCACCUAGUUUUAAGUUUUUAUAUAAGCUUCUUUUUAUAAAAACCUACAUUUCCCAUCUAAAUUAAAUCUAACAGCGUCACUAUAAAGCCACUCGUUAUGAGGCCCCUGAGUUCAGGUUUAUCCUGAGGACUGGAAUGAGGAAUAUGUACCAAUAGUGGAUUUGUUGUCACAUGGCAUCAACAUCAGAAUAGCCGAGAGCACCUGAGUUCUCUGAAUAGGAUUCUUUUGGUGACCUCGGACAACUCAUGUAAUCCCUCUGCCUCAGUGUUCUGAUCUGCAAGAUGGGGAGAAUAAUAGUCACCAACCUACCUCAGAGGGGUGUUUUGCGUGUUACUUAGUUAACGCUGGCAAAGCGCUUUGAAGAUAAUUAAGUACUAAAUAUUAUUUUGAAUACAACAGCUAAUUCUUCACAGGAGAGAAAUCUCUUCACUCAUCCCUCUCUCUCCUUGGUCCAUGCAGUACCUGUCUCCUCUUCCUUCACCUCUCAGUGCUGGAUGCAGAACGUUCUCUACUCUUAAAGGUACAGUCCCACCAGGACAGGUGUUGAGCAUCAUGAUAUGCUGUCAUGGCUGUAUCCCCACUUUGAACUUUAGGGUACAAAUGUAGGGGCCUGCAUGAAAACUUCUAAGCUUAACUACCAGCUUAGCCCUGGUCCGCUGCCACCAUUUCCAAUGGAUUCCCCCCCUGGGAAGCCUUGAAAAACCUUCACCAAUUCCUUGGUGAAUACCGAUCCAAACUCCUUGGAUCUAAAACAAGGAGAAAUUAACCAUUCCCCUCCUUCCUCCCACCAACUCCUGGUGAAUACAGAUCCAACCCCCUUGGAUCUAAAACAAGGAGAAAUUAACCAUUCCCCUCCUUCCUCCCACCAACUCCUGGUGAAUACAGAUCCAACCCCCUUGGAUCUAAAACAAGGAGAAAUUAACCAUUCCUCUCCUUCCUCCCACCAACUCCUGGUGAAUCAAGAUCCAAACCCCUUGGAUCUUAAAACAAGGAAAAAUCAAUCAGGUUCUUAAAAAGAAGGCUUUUAAUUAAAGAAAAAGGUAAAAAUAAUCUCUGUAAAAUCAGUAUGGAAAUUAACCUUACAGGGUAAUCAAACUUAAAGAGCUCAGAAGACUCCCCUCUAGUCUUAGGUUCAAAGUACAGCAAACAAAGAUAAACACUCUAGUAAAAGGUACAUUUACCAGUUGAGAAAACAAAGGAAAACUAAGACACCUUGCCUGGCUAUUUACUUACAAGUUUGAAAUAGGAGAGACUUGUUUAGAAAGAUGUGGAGAACCUGGAUUGAAGUCUGGUCCCUCUCAGUCCCGAGAGCGAAGGCCCUCCCAAACAAAGAACAUAAACAAAAGCCUUCCCUCCCCUCCCCCAAGAUUUGGAAGUAUCUUGUCCCCUUAUUGGUCCUUUAGGUCAGAUGCCAGCCAGGUUACCUGAGCUUCUUAACCCUUUACAGGGAAAAGGAUUUUGGAGUCUCUGGCCAGGAGGGAUUUUAUAGUACAGUACACAGGACAGCUGUUACCCUUCCCUUUAUAGUUAUGACAUAUGCUUUCUGUUAAACUGCUGGUAAAGUUAAUCAACCCUGGUUUAAACUCUGUUGUCUUGGGUCCUCUAAUUCCAGCUCCAUGUCUCUUCAUGCUAAAAUCCUUCUGUAUAAUUUAAUUGUAACCUUUGGAAAGCUGGUGUCUUCCAGCCAAAACAAAUGCCUAGGAGGGAGUACGGUAUAUUCAUGUUCACAAACUCCUAGGCAGGCUUCAUAAAGAGGUGGAGGGGCAGAAAAAAGUGGUUGUACUAAGCUCUGUCUGCUCAUGAUGCUAAAAUAAGAUGCCACUCACAGGUGCCUGUGAAGAAUUUUCACAGUAUGAGGGUUGUCUUCACAUACAGCACUAGUGCAGCUGCGCUGCUGUAGCACUUAAGUGAAGACACUCCUGUACUGACAGGAGAGCUUCUCCCAUCGGUGUAGUUAAUCCACCUCCCAAGAGGUGGUAGCUGUGUCGAUGGGAGAAACUCUCCUGUUUACAAAACCUCCCGUGUAGGCAGCGCUAAGUCAGUAUAACUGUACUGCUCAAGGCUGUGGAUUUUUCACACCUCUGUCCGACAUAGUUAUACUGAUAUAGGUCUGUAGUGUAGACUUGGCCUGAUUGUCCCUCUCUUUCCUUGCAUCCUUUUCAUCAGCACUGAAAUAAUUACAAUGGUGACAUUUAAAUGGUCAUCAUUAGGCCUCAGAAUUAGCACAUUGACAUGAACAAGGGUAGUUCAUGCUAUUCUUUGACCUGUUGUUUCCAGCAGAUUAAGAUAGGCAGCACUGCAUGGGUUUACAGCCAGUUCACAAGGUGAAGAUUUUCUUCACAGUCUUAAGGGUGAGACGUCAUUUGCUUGUGAAGAAAAGCUCAGAUCCUGGAGCACACAAUGCAGCCAACAGGGGAAGUACCAGCUCACCAAGACUGGUGUGAGCCAGUCACAUUCAAUCACUACCCCAAAGGGUUAAUCAGCUGUGUCAGUUGGAACAUGAACAUCCUGUGUUUCGGUGUGUCUAGUUCAUAAUGCUGAAUUGAAAUGUUCUUAAAUAGAAAGAAUGCCUAGGAAUCAUAACCAUUCCCAAUAAAGAACUUCUAAACACUU